AUGGCUUGUCGCUUACCUGGGCAUUGUCACACGCCCAAGGCCCUCUGGGACUUCAUGAAGGCUGGCGGUAUAGCCAAGAACGACGUCCCCAAGUCCCGAUUCAGUCUGGACGGGCACUACGACGGCUCCAAGAAGCCGUACACGAUGAAGACACCUGGAGGAAUGUUCCUGGAGGACGUCGACCCUGCCGACUUCGACGCACAGUUCUUCAACAUCAAUCAUAUGGACGCUAGCUCCAUGGACCCGCAACAGAGGAACCUCAUGGAGGUCGCAUAUGAAUGCCUCGAAAAUGCUGGUGUCCCGAUCGAGAGCCUAAGCGGCAAGCGGGUUGGCUGCCUUGUGGGAGCCAGCGCAGUAGAUUACCACGACAUGACUUGCCGUGACCCCGAGGACAGAACUGAGUCUCCUACUAUGGGAUCUGGUCGUGCUUUACUUAGCAACAGAAUCAGCCAUUUCCUGAAUGUCCACGGACCAAGCAUCACCCUCGACACAGCUUGCUCCAGUACGCUGAUCGCACUCGACACAGCAUGCCUCUACCUUCAUGCCAACCAAUGCGAUGCUAUGCUCGUUGGUGGCGUUAACAUGUAUCUCAGUCCCGAAAGGAACCAAGAUAUGGGUGCGAUGCGGCCCACGGCAUCCUCUACGGGCAGAUGCCAUACGUUCGAUGCCAAGGCAGAUGGCUACACGGAGGCAGAAGCCAUUAAUGCCGUUUACCUAAAGCGCCUCGAUGAUGCCAUCCGUGAUGGUGACCCGAUCCGUGCUGUCAUUCGCGGUACUGCUACCAACAGCGCGGGUAAGACGCCUGGCAUCGCAAACCCGAACCCCAAGGCUCAGGCGAUGGCCAUCAGGGCUGCCUACGCCAACGCCGGAAUUUCCGAGCAGGAGCUGGCCGAAACUGGCUACCUCGAGUGCCACGGAACUGGCACUCUUGUUGGCGAUCCCGCUGAGGUCGAAGGCGCGGCGUCGGUCUUCGCGGAGACUAGAAGGCCUGACAGGCCGCUUGUAAUCGGCUCGGUCAAGAGCAACAUUGGCCACUCGGAGGCCGCAGCGGGUCUCUCGGGUCUGAUCAAAGCUGUACUCGCAAUCGAGAACCGUUCCAUCCCGGGCACCGCCACUUUCAUCACACCCAACCCCAAGAUCGAUUUUGAGAAGUCUCGGGUGAAGGCUUCCCGUAACUCGCUGCCGUGGCCUGCACACACAAAGUUCAGGGCCAGUGUUAACUCGUUCGGCUUUGGUGGCGCUAACGCGCAUGCUGUCAUCGAGUCGCCAGAGUAUCUGCUGAAGGGCCGGGCCCUCCGAUACAAAUUGAGCUUCGUCGACGAGCUGAGCUUCGAUGACUUUGAUGAUUCCGACGACGAUCUCCAGAGCUCCGCGGCUUCGUCAUCGAAGCCGAAGCUCAUAGUCAUGUCGGCCAACGACGAAAUUUCGCUCAAGGCGUCCAUCAAAUCUCUCUCGUCGCAUCUAAUCAACCCAGGUGUCAGCGUCAACCUCCAAGAUCUCGCCUACACUCUCUCCGAGCGACGCAGCCAGCUCUACCACCGCAGCUACAGCAUUCACACCAACACCCAGAUUUCCGGCGACUCAUUCGAAUUUGGGAAGCGUGCGGGCCAGGAUUCCAAGAUCGGCUUCAUUUUCACCGGUCAGGGAGCCCAGUGGCCGACUAUGGGUAAACAGCUGCUUGAAGCUUUCCCUAUCGCCAAAGCCGUCGUCGACGAGCUUGACAAGGUUCUCCAAAGCCUUCCGGAACCCCCUAAGUGGUCGCUCUUCAAGGAGCUUACCGAGGACCGCGAUGCCGCCCACCUCCGUGAGCCUGAAUUCUCGCAGCCGCUCGUCACCGCCCUGCAGCUAGCUAUGCUCGCAGUCCUUUACGAUUGGGGCAUCAAGCCGACUAGUGUUGUCGGCCAUUCUUCCGGAGAGAUUGCAGCUGCCGUAGCCGCCGGUUAUCUCCUUCCUGAGGAGGCUAUCAAAAUUGCCUACUUCCGCGGCCAGGCCGGUAAGGAAAUUCCUCCGGCUCAGCCGGUCGGUAUGUUGGCUGUAGGCAUUGGUGCCGACAAAAUUGAGGCGUACAUCGAUGCCGACGACGACCACGUCCAAAUUGCGUGCCACAAUAGCCCCCGAAGCUUGACGAUUUCCGGUACCGUCGCGGCUCUAGAGCGACUGCGGGACCGGCUACAGGCCGACUCUCAUUUCGCCAGAAUGCUGCAGGUCAACUACGCGUAUCAUUCCAAGUACAUGAGCGCCAUCGGCAAGAAAUAUUUCCAGAUGCUGCAGGCGCACUGCAAGGAGCCACUAGAAGGAAGCAAAGACGUGACCAUGUUCUCCUCGGUUCUCGGCAGGCCGAUGGACAAGCCGGCAGAUGCGCUAUACUGGCUGGAGAACAUGGUUUCGGAAGUCCGCUUCGACCAAGCUGCUACCGAGAUGUUGAAGGGCAAGGAUAGCGUUAAUUUCUUAGUCGAGCUCGGCCCUGCAGGCGCUCUGAAGGGCCCUGUCUCGCAAAUCAUUGACGCCCUCCCUAGUACCGGUGGGCGACCCGUAUAUACGUCCGCCGCCAAGCGAGGUCCGGAUGCCCUGCUCGCUAUGUACGAGACAGCAGGCAAGCUGUUCGUAGCAGGAGGGUCGGUCAACAUUGCUCGUGUCAACGAGUAUAGCGUAACCGAGCCGCCGUCGACGCUCGUCGAUCUUCCCAAUUACGUAUGGAAUCACACAAAGAAGUACUGGCACGAGAGCCCGGCGAGCAAUGAAUGGCGAUACAGGCCGUUCGUAAAGCACGACCUUCUGGGAACUAAGAUUCUGGGAACAUCGUGGAAAGCGCCGAUCUGGCGGAACACUCUUCGCCUCGGUGAUAACCAGUGGCUCAGAGACCACAAGAUCGGCGAACAGGUCGUUUUCCCUGGAGCCGGGUACGUAGCCAUGGCGAUCGAGGCCAUCUACCAGGCCACGUGCAUGACCACCUGGGCCGAUGGUGUACCCGAAAAAUACCAAUUCAGACUGCGCGACGUCAAGUUCUUCCGCGCCCUUGUACUGGACGACUCGUAUGACCCCAAGGUCAUGCUGAGCCUUCAGCCAGCUGCCGCUUCGGUGGGCCCGUGGCACCAGUUCAAGGUGUCUUCGAUCCUUAACGAAGCGUGGAGUGAUCACGCCUCUGGUCUUAUUCGGAUAGAGACUGAGUUCACGGAGGUUACUGCCCCCGAAGGCGCGCUGACACCCCUGCGUUCGCCAGUGAAUGCCCGCUCCUGGUACAAGGCGAUGCUGGCCGCCGGCUUCAAUUUCGGACCGUCGUUCCAGAAGCAUCUUACCAUGGAGUACACAGCCGGUCAGCGCAAGGGCCGGUCGACCGUAUCUCUAGAAGCACCGCCCUCGGCCUGGCAGCAGUCGCCGUAUGUAAUGCACCCUGCUUGUAUGGAUGGUUGCUUCCAGACCGUCCUGUCCUCGGCCUGGCAAGGCGACCGGAGCGCCGUGGACGCGGCUUUGGUACCGCUGCAAAUCGAUAGCCUAGUCAUUCCCUGGAGAGCACAGCAGCCCAGCGAAGGUAUCGCCGUGGCAAGGUCCGAGUACGGCGGUAUCGGCAGGACAGACGUCGCUAAGAACUGGUCAGCCUCGACGACCACCUACCACCCAGUUGACGGCAGCUUGCUACUGGAAAUGAAGGGUCUGCGCUAUACUGAGCUUGACAACUCCACCAAAGAAGCCACUCUGAGCCAUACCUAUUCGCAACUGCGCUGGCAGCCGGAUGCAUCCUUACUCUCCGAGGCAGGCUUCCGAGAGCUAGUCGCCGGUGUUGAAGAGAAGACCGAGGUCGCAGUGGCCCAAAAGCUCCUCGACAUCUUUGCGCACAAGAGCCCGUCUCUUUCGGUCCUUGAGGUAGACCUGACCUCGUCCGAAUCCGCAUCAAGCAUUUGGCUGGAAGCCAACAGCCCGAUCCGGGCAGCGUGCACUCGUUACCAAUUCGCGUCCAGCAAUGUCAACGGCGUCCUCUCCCUGCAGGAGACUUACUCAAAUGCGGAAUUUACGGUCUUGGACUUUAGCAACGAUGAGACUGUUACGGAGGAGAAGUUCGAUAUCGCAUUGGUGAACCUUCCGGCGCAUCCGGAAGAGAGUACGGAGGUUGCCGUCUCAAACAUCAAGAAGUCCUUGACUGACCGAGCGUUGGUGGUUGUUCUUGGCAAGCGGAAUAUCCUCGAGCAGGUCGUCCGUAAGUCUGCUUUCAGCCGGGUUUGGUAUUCAGACUUCGCGGCGCUGGCACAGGCUGCUUCCGCUGAGGCUACCCCCGCCGGUGCUCAAGAUGUCUACCGAUUCAAGUUCAGCGACAUCAACAGCGAAACUUUACCAGCCAUCGACGCCUCCCUCAACGAGACUGCCAAAUGGAAUGUUGUGCCUGUCUCGAAAUUGUCGGACAUCUCACCGAGGAGUAAGAUUCUCAUCACCGACGAACUAGAGGCCCCCGUCAUGUCCCAGCUUAACGGCCAACAAUGGGAUACGCUGAAAUAUCUCGUGAAGAACGAAUGCGACAUUCUCUGGGUCACAGCCGGCGCGCAAAUGCAGGUGACCAAUCCCACCAAGGCCGCGAUCAACGGAUUCUUCAGGGUGCUCCGCAACGAGGAACCGCUGCUUCGACUGAUAAACCUUGACGUUGAAGACCCCUCGGGCAAUGCCACUGUGGACGCGAUCGACGCCUGCUUGGACCUUCUCUACGCCAAGGAGACUAGCAAGACGCAGAUCGACAGUGAGUUCGUCGAGCGCCGCGGCGUCAUCCACAUAAGCCGCAUCCUACCCGACGAAGCCGUGAACGUCGCAAAGGAAGAACAAGUGUCUGGACGCCCUGCCGAGACGAUAGAGUUACACUCUGCCAAAAACUGCAUCCGACUAAAGGCCGAGCGCAUCGGUAACAUAGACUCGCUACACUACGGCGAAGUGAGCGACAAGCCGCUGCCAGUACCGGAAAAUUGUGUCGAGAUUGAGGUCUACGCGUCGGGCGUCAACUUCAAGGAAGUUGCCGUGACUGUCGGCAUUGUCCCCGAGAACGAGCACCUGCUGGGCGGAGAAGGUGCCGGCAUCGUCACUCGUGUGGCUCCAGAUGUUACGGACUUUGAGCCGGGACAGCGCGUCGUCUUCUUCGAGAAGGGGUCGUUCGCCAACAGGGCCAUCACCACUACUCAGCGUGUCCGCCGCAUCCCUGACUCGAUGACUUUCGAGGAGGCUAGCACCAUUCCUUGCGUUUUCAUGACAUCCAUGUAUGCCUUAUACCGCCUAGCCAGGCUGAAGAAGGGCGACCGGGUUCUGAUCCACUCGGCCGCUGGCGGUGUUGGUAUUUCUGCCAUCCAGCUUGCUUUACACGUCGGAGCGGAGGUCUACGCAACCGUGGGAACGCAGGAGAAGCGCGACUUUCUCAAAUCGCGAUUCGGUAUUCCCGACGAGCGCAUCUUUUCGUCGCGCUCGAAGGCGUUUGGCGAGCAGAUCCUGUCUUACACCGGUGGCAAGGGUGUUGAUGUGAUCCUUAACUCGCUCACCGGCGACCUGCUGGACGAGUCCUGGCGCAUCAUCGCUGACGGAGGCACGAUGGUGGAAAUUGGUAAGAAGGAUAUCUUGGACAGGAACAGCCUUGCCAUGGAGCCGUUCAACCGCAAUGCUUCAUUCCGCGCACUCGACCUAUCUCAUAAGGAGAUCAGUGACGACACGAUUAAGAGCCUUCUCACCGAUAUAUUCAACCUCAUGGAAGAAGGUCGCCUGAAGCCCAUCGCGCCGAUGAAGGUGUUUUCUUUCACCGACAUCCCCGCGGCCUUCCGACUCCUACGUAGCGGCAAGCACACAGGAAAGCUGGUCAUCAGCGAUGGCCCAGACGCCAAGAUUGAGGUGCCAGUGCGCAAGGCGCCCCGGGGCCUGAAGCUGCGCGACGAUGUAAGCUACCUGAUCGUGGGUGGUCUCCGAGGUCUCUGCUCUAGUCUUGCUACCUUCCUCGCCCAAAACGGGGCGAAGCACAUUGCCGUCAUUUCGAGAAGCGGCCACGACGACGCGAGGUCACAAAAGGUCGUCGAGGAUAUCCGUGCUCUGGGCAGCAAUAUCGACCUGCUCCGGGGAGACGUUUCGAACCUAGAAGACGUUCGGGCCGCUUUCAAAGCAACAAGCGUGCCCAUCGGCGGUAUCGUCCAGGGAGCUAUGGUGCUUCGUGAUCGCGUCUUCGAGUCCAUGAGCAUCGAGGAAUACCAUGCGGCGCUUGGCUGCAAGGUGGACGGUACGUGGAACCUGCACCAGGUAUCGAUGGAGCAGGGGUUGGAUCUCGAUUUCUUCACUUUGCUAUCGAGUAUCUCGGGUCUUUGCGGCAGCAAGGGGCAGGCCAACUACGCGGCCGGUAACGCGUUCCUUGACGCCUUCGCCGCAUACCGGCAGAGUCUGGGUCUUGCAGCGUGCUCGGUGGAUUUGGGUGUGAUCCAAGAUGUUGGCUACAUGGCGGAGCACGACGAGCUACAGGACCGCUACGACGCGGCUGUGUGGCACGCGAUCAACGAGAGGCUCCUGCGCAAGAUCUUCGGCUUCACGCUCAUGCAGCAGCAGCCGGAAGCCAUCAACGCCGCCAGCAGCUCACACAUGGUGACGGGCAUCCAGGUACCGCAGCCCGAGGACUCGUUCCUCCUGCGAGAUGCUCGCUUCGCCGGUCUCCGACUCAAGGAAGAGGGUGGAUCCAAGAAGCUCGACGGUUCCAAGGACGUCCAGGCCAUCCUAGUCAUGCAGCGGUCCAAGGCCGACCCGGCUGCGGUGCUGCAAGUGACUGUCGACGUUCUCAACCGCUACCUAACAACAAGUCUGCGUCUAUCCGAGGCCUUGGAUGCUGCUCGGCCCCUCUCGACCUAUGGUAUCGACUCGCUGGCGGCCGUCGAGUUCCGCAACUGGCUGCGCAUCGACCUCGCCGUUGAAGUAACGACGCUGGAAAUCGUAAACGCGCCAUCAUUGAUCUCCAUCAGCGAGAAGGUCAUUGCUAGGAUCCCUACCGCUUAA